AUGUUGUAUUAUAAUCGAUCGUGGCGACGUUAUUUAAGACCAUUUUCUCGAGUCUUCUAUGUUUUUAUUCUAUUAUUUUGUAUUGGAAUUGUUUGGUUGAUAUUUACAGUAUAUCUCUUUAAUAGAAUUAAUAAUCAUCAUGUCGAACAGAAAAUUGAUAUCACAACACGAAGUCCAUCAUUAAUAUUUUGUUUUGUACUUACUGAAAAUAAUCGUCAUUUAACAUCAGCACGAGCUAUUGCUUAUAGUUGGGGUAAACGAUGUGAUCGUUUUUAUUUUGUUACUCGUCUUCUAAAUACAAGUAUUGAAUUAAUGACAUUAGAAGCAUUUGAAAAUACAACUGAUAUAUCACCAACUACAAUAACACAAGAAACUCUUAAUGUUCUUCUAUAUUUACAACAACAAUAUAUGUUUGCACCGUAUCAUUGGUUUUUACGAGCAAGUGAUGAAUCAUUUGUUAUAAUGCCAAAUCUACGACGACUUAUUAAUCAAUUAAAUAAAUAUGAAAAUAAUCGUCCAUUAGCUUAUGUUGGUGAUGUUGAAGAAUUAUAUAAAAAAUAUCAAAUUGUAACAAGUGGUUCGGUUAUGUUAUUUAAUCGUAUUACAUUAGAUCGUUUAGGUAGAUUAUAUAAUUUAGAAAAUUUACAAUCUAAAGUUGAUAAAGAAAAUGAAAAAUGUUUAAACGAGAUGAUCUAUGAUCAUGAAUUUGUUAAAUGUAUGAAACAAUAUGAAAUAAUUAUUAAUCCAAUCAAUAAUAAUUUAAUACUUUCACAAAAUUUAUCAUUCUAUAAGAUGGAUAAACGAUUAAAGGAUACUUGUUGCAGUUCAGAUACGGCUGCAUUUCGUUCAAGUAAUGAAACAGAUAUGUAUAAAUUUGAUUUUUUAUACCAUCGACUUGAUGCAUUAUCAAACAUAGAUAUAUAA